AUGACAGCCAUCCUGGAGCGGAUCGGCAUGCUGUCCCUCAGUGGGCAGCAUCUCAGCCGUCUCCCCAGGCUGCUGGAGGAUGGCUUCCCCAAGAUGCCUUGCACGGUCAAAGAGUGCGAGGUUCCGCAGCUCUUCCGUGAGCCGUACAUCCACACCGGGUACCGUCCCACCGGCCAGGACUGGCGGUACUACUUUCUUAGCCUCUUCCAGAAGCACAACGAGGUGGUCAACGUGUGGACUCAUCUCCUGGCCGCGCUGGCUGUGCUGCUGAGAUUCAAGAUGUUUGCGGAGUCUGAGCAGUUACCCGUGGACGCGUGGUCCUUGCCUUUGCUCAUCUUUGUCCUCUCCUCUGUCACAUACCUGACCUGCAGCCUCUUGGCCCACCUUCUGCAGUCCAAAUCGGAGCUGUACCACUACACCUUCUACUUCGUGGACUACAUCGGAGUCAGCAUCUACCAGUAUGGUAGCGCCCUGGCCCAUUUCUACUACAGCUCCGACCAAGCCUGGUAUGACAAGUUCUGGCUUUUCUUCCUGCCGGCAGCUGCUUUCUGUGGCUGGCUGUCUUGUGCCGGCUGCUGCUACGCGAAAUAUCGGUAUCGACGGCCUUACCCCAUCAUGAGGAAGAUGUGCCAGGUGAUCCCAGCCGGGCUGGCGUUCAUCCUGGAUAUCAGUCCUGUCGCUCACCGGGUGGUUGUGUGUCACCUGGGGGGCUGUGAGGAAGAUGCUGCUUGGUACCACACGUACCAGAUACUGUUUUUCCUUAUCAGUGCUUAUUUCUUCUCCUGCCCGGUCCCUGAGAAGUACUUCCCUGGCUCCUGUGAUAUCAUUGGCCAUGCCCACCAGAUCUUCCACACCUUCCUGGCCAUCUGCACCCUAUCACAGCUGGAGGCCAUUUUACUGGAUUACAAGAACAGGCAGGAGAUUUUCCUGAAGAGACACGGGCCUCUCUCCAUCUAUCUCUCCUGCAUCUCUUUUUUUGGCCUGGUGGCUUGUAGUGCCAUCACAGCCUACAUCCUGCGAUGCAGGAUCAAGGCCAGCCUGGCUAAAAAGGACUCCUGAGAGUCACGAACAUGAUGGG